AAAUGAGAAGCAUUAUUUCAAAAGUUGUUCUUAUUAUUUUCGUAACUGUAACACUUGAUCAUCAUGUUGUCGAAUGCCGCACUCUUAACACUAAUAACAAUAAUCCCUCUGAUGAGUUAUUAUUGGUCUCUGAUGGAAUUCUUGAUCAUCAUGUUCAUCCUCAACAUGCAAACUCUAAUUACUUACACCUCAAAGACCAACAAUUUGAGGCUUCUGUUGUUGAGCCUCCUCCUUUAGGGAAGUACUGCAAACAAAUGUAUGGAUUCUUGCCAUGUUCCAACAACAUUUUUGGCCACUUGUUCCUGAUAUUGGUGUAUGAGUACUUGUUGUUCCAUGGUGAAUCAUACUUGGCUGCUGGUGGUGAACAAAUCUUCAAGAUUCUUGGACCUGGUGUCUUUGGUGCUAGUGCCUUUGAUAUCCUUGGUGCACUUCCCGAGUCCUUGAUUCUUCUUGUGACUGGGCUUUCAAGUGAUAAGGAGAGUGCACAAGAGUAUGCUUCAACUGGAGUUGGUUUGUUGGCUGGUUCCUCCAUUUUGCUUCUCACUCUUGUGUGGGGAACCUGUGUCAUCAUUGGAAAGCAAAAGUUGAAGAAUGACUUUGAUGGAACAAUUUCAACAACGGGAAAGAUAAAAAAUUCAUUGACUGGUUAUGGAAUCACUAUGGACGUAGAGACUAGAAAGAUGGCAAGAAUCAUGACGUUAUCAGUAAUUCCACUCUUCAUAAUGCAGAUUCCCAACUUGUUCCCCACCUCAUCAUCAUCAUCACCACACUAUGUGACCUUGAUAGUUUCUCUUACCAUAGCUAUCAUCUUUCUGAUCUCAUACUUCAUUUACCAGAUAUUCAAGCCUCAUAUAGAGAAAACAAGAUUAGAGUACAUCAAACAUGAUGAUCUAAUAUUAAGGAUUUUGGAACGCGUCGAGAAGCAAACUCUACAAAAGAUUCUGAACGAGGAUGGCACUCCCAAUGUAACUGCCAUAAGUGGGCUAUACCAUGAAAUUAGUCAACAAGGGGGCAAGGAUUUAUCAGCAUUAGAAGUAAAAGACUUACUGCUCAAGAAAAAAUUAACAGACACAAACAUCAAAGAAGAACAGAUAGCAAACUUGAUGAAGAUUUUUGACAAAAAUGGUGACCAAAUUAUAACCAAGGAAGAAUUUGUGAGUGGCUUGACAGAAUUCAUUAACCAAAUAAAACAUGCUUUGGAUAGACAAUACCUCCCAAAAGAAUCACUCAACAAAAUGUAUCAGACAUUUAUCAAGCCAUGCAUUGAACAUGUGAGAAAGGAAAGAGAAUUAAAGGAACAUCUUAUAACAAAAGUCUUAAAGCAUGUUCAGAAUGAUGUGGUUGGCAGACUCAUAAAUGAUGAAGGCACAGCUGAUAAAGCUGCUAUCAGAAGCCUAUUUGAGGAAGUUGAUUGCAAUGGGGAUAACCAUGUUUCGAGAUCUGAGUUGGAAAGAAUGGUGAGGAACAUUCACUUUUGUCACGUGGUGAACGUGAAGGAGGCGGUUACAAAACUAGUCCAAGAUCUUGAUGUUAAUAGAGACAAUGAAAUCAGUGAGGAGGAAUUUGUUGAUGGUUUUACAAAAUGGAUAAACUCCAAUUCCAGCCAAACUGCUCACUCAAAAUCUUCAUCUCAUGGAACUCAUCAAAUCUGGGAAGAUGUUGAGAAGGUUAUGGAACAGAACCAAAGCAAAGGAAUAUCUGCAUGGAUGGAGGCAAUAGGAUAUGUGGUGUUGGGAAUUACCAUGUUGUCCCUUCUUGCAGAACCUCUAAUAGCAAGUGUCCAGAACUUCUCCCAAGAAGCAGGGAUUUCUUCUUUUUUCAUCUCAUUUAUUUUAGUACCUCUGGCUACAAAUUUUAGAGAAGCAACCUCAGCAAUCAGAGAAGCUAGCCAUAAGAAGAGUAGCAACACUUCGCAAACAAUAUAUGAGAUAUAUGGAGCAGUGUUCAUGAACAACAUUCUUGGAUUUGUGGUGAUAUCUAUUCUGAUAUAUGUGAGGGACAUAACUUGGGAAUUCUCAGCAGAUGUUCUUGUUGUGGCCAUUGUUUGUGCCGUCAUGGGGAUUGCUGCUAGUUUCCGCCACAGUUUCCCUCUUUGGACAUCAAUCCCCGCAUACCUCUUAUACCUCGUAUCAUUGCUCUUUGUUUUUGUUCUCAAAGAUAUCUUCAACUAUGUUUAGUGAAUGAAUUAUUAGAGUCUAGGGAGUGAGACCAACUAAACUAUCUGAAUAUGGUUUCGUGACCAAAUAUUAAGUGGAAUGAAUU